AUGGCUAACUACACGGACGAUGAUGACUACGACGUUCUCAUCUACGACCCUCUGCCCGACAACGAGACCCUCGGAAGGGAUGGCGCGGAGCAAUGCUCCCCGUACGACCCCGCCAUCCUCUCAGCCCAGCUGCUGCCUCAGCUCUUCACCACCGCGUUCCUGCUGGGCCUCCUGAACGACAUCUUGAUGGUGUCCAUCCUGGCCAAAUGCCACCGGCUCUGCCAGGUGGAGCACAUCUACUUCCUGAACUUGGCCGCGUCUAAUCUGUGCUCCUUGCUCACCUUGCCCAUCCAGGCUCACGCCGCCUCCCACGGGGGCACCCUGGGCCACCCCACGUGCACAGUUCUCGUGGCCCUGUCCUCCGUGGGCCUGCACAGCCAGGCGCUGUUCAACGCCCUGCUGACUCUGCAGAGCUACCUGGUGUGUUUCGACGUGAGACUCUUGUCUCCGGUGGCCAAGCGGAGGGCCUGCGGCAUCCUGGCCAGUGGCCUGGCCUGGCUGGCGGCCGCUCUGUUGGCGCUGCCCGAGGUCCUGCUGUGCACUGUUCAGGGGGACAGCGCGGGGGCCAGGUGCCCCUGCAGCAGGUCUCCCUUCCUGCCGGGCCAGGGGACGGCCUGGCAGCCCUUUCUGACCUUGAAGGUGACUGUGGUGGGCCUUCUGGUCCCACUGCUGGUUUUUAUCGUUUGCCUUGUGCGGCUGGGAAAAACGCUGAGGAAGCCUGACCUUUUCCGGCUGGUUUUCGCCAUUGUGGUUGUUUUCCUUCUGAUGUGGGGACCCUACAACGUGGCGCUGUUCCUGUCUACGUUCAAGGACUCCUUCUCCCUGCGGGACUGCGGGAGCCGCUACCUCCUGGACAGGAGCGUCCAGGUGACGGGCAUCAUCGCCAGCACCCACUGCUGUGUGAGCCCGCUCCUCUACGUGCUCCUUGACAAGGCGUUCCAGAGGCACCUCUGCCCUCGCUGCUGCCCACUUCCGCCCGCCGAGGACCCUGUACAAGACAUGCCAGGGGACGAGUGUGACUGCUCCACUAAACUGUAA